UUCGAUGGGAGUUGGGAAAUCCCCUGAAAAGUUGCUCGCCUUCUUUAUCGCAAUACUGCUUUUGAAGAAGUAGUUGUGAAUAAGUAGCAAGACGGUAAAGAGAAGGAUUUAAGAAGUGAAUACAGUGAAUUAAGAGAUGGCUACUAGUGAGGAAAAACAGGAGCUUCAGACUCCUGCGAUCGUGUGCAUCGGCAUGGCUGGAUCCGGAAAGACGACGUUCAUGCAACGGCUAAACUCACAUCUGCACUCGCAAGACAUGCCGCCGUACAUUAUAAAUCUCGAUCCGGCAGUGCUGAACGUGCCGUUUGGAACUAAUAUUGAUAUUCGCGAUUCAGUAAACUACAAAGAAGUCAUGAAGCAAUACAACCUCGGCCCCAACGGCGCCAUCAUCACAUCGCUCAACCUCUUUGCGACAAAAGUAGACCAAGUGCUCGGCAUUGUCGAGAAACGCGCCGGCGCGGUCUCACACGUUCUCGUCGACACCCCCGGACAGAUUGAAUGCUUUGUCUGGUCUGCCUCGGGCGCGAUCUUGCUCGACGCGCUCGCGUCCGCGAUGCCUACCGUUAUCGCGUACAUCGUCGACACGCCGCGGACGACCUCGCCGGCGACGUUUAUGUCGAAUAUGCUGUACGCGUGCUCGAUUCUGUACAAGACCAAGCUGCCGAUGAUUAUCGUGUUCAACAAGACCGACGCCGCGGACGCGACGUUCGCGACCGAGUGGAUGACGGACUUUGAGAGUUUCCAGGCCGCGCUGAGGGAUAUGGAUGAGGAUGAAAACACAGAGGGCGGGAGCGGGUACAUGACCUCGCUUAUGAACUCGAUGAGUUUAGUGCUCGAGGAGUUUUACCGGCAUCUCGACGUCGUCAGUGUCUCGGCCUACACGGGAGCGGGGAUGGACGACUUUCUUGCGGCUGUGGAUAAGAAGGUGACUGAGUUCAACACCGACUACAAGGCCGAAGUCGAGCGGAUUAAAGAGCAGCGCGAGAAAGAGAUGGAGCAGAAGAAGCAGAAGGAUCUGAACCGGUUAUUGAAGGAUAUGGGGAUCAAGGACGACAAGAGUAAGAAGACAGAGGAGCCGGCGAUGACGAUUUCGGAUGCGGAGGAGGAAGAUGAGGAUGAGGAUGAGUUUGCGGAUAAGUUUGUUAAUCCGGAGGAUGCGGAGGGGAUUUUGGAUGUUGAUGAGUAUCCAGAGGAGGAAGAUAGCGAUGACGAGUAGUGUGUAUAUGUAAUAUAGCUUACUGCUGCCUACAGCAACCA